UUCCAGAAGCGCUUUUUCUCUGGCCGGAGGCUCAGAGGAGGGCAAAGGCUCGGACGGAGGAACACACAGAUCUUCUUCAAGCGAACCGAAGCAGCAUGAAGUCCCCGAAGCAGAAAGCUCAAGAUUAUCUGCUCUAUAUUGCAGCGAAAGUUGCAGACGAGGACGAUCUGAGCGACGUGCUGUGCGAGUUCGACGCCGUGAUCGAGGACUUCACGUCCCCCGUGGAGAAGCGUCACUUCAGGUACGACGAACACCUGCGCACGAUGAAGAGGAGGAGCAGCGCGAGCGUCAGCGACAGCGGCUUCAGCGACUCGGAGAGUGCCGAGUCGCUGCACAGAAACAGCUUUAGCUUCAGCGACGAGAGGCUGAACUCUCCCACCCCGCUGUCUCCAGCCACCACCUCCCCCCCUCUGAUGUCGCCCAAACCUAAACUGGGUGACACCAAAGAGUUGGAGGAUUUCAUUGCAGACCUCGACAAGACAUUGCAAAGCAUGUGACACACAGGCUAUCCUAAAGGCAUAUAAGGAGAAUCUGGAUGGCUGGACCCACCCCACCUCUCCUUGAGCACUUAGAGCUCACCUUUCCCUGCUGACAAAGCCAGCACCAUGCAAACACUCCACCUGAAAACACCAUGUCCGGUCAGGGUCAGCAUGCUCUCAGACUGCAGGAGGGCUCAGGAUCCCCAUUGAAACUUAAAGAGUUCCUGGAACAUCUGUCAUCGCACAGACUCCUCCAUCAGAACCUGAGCUGGUGGAGUAUUUAAAACAAGGCUUUUAAUAAUGGAUAUAUAAUUGUUUUUUUUUGGUUUUUUUUACCAUCAAUGUGUAAAUGUAUCACUUUAUGUGAAAUAUAUUUUUCUAUUAUGUAAAUAGUAAAGUACUGACACAACAGUCAGAUGUAAAUUUAACACAAUGACUGGAAUAAGGUGGAUUUUUACAAAACUGGAAAACAAUAUAUGUAUUUAAAACAUCUAAAACCUGAAAGGUAAAAUUAAACAAUAACAUUUUCUUGGUAAAGCAAA